AUGGAUAUCAAGGAACCAAAGAAUAUUGAAGCCCCUUCUGCCGCGGGUUCACCUCCAGAUGGUCCCGAUCACGAGGGCCACGUUGUUUUGAUUCCCCGGCCCAGUACCCACCCCCGCGACCCCCUGAAUUGGUCCCUGAGGCGGAAAUACAUCAUCGCGGCUGUACUAUGCUUGGCCUCCUUCUCCGGCGCGGUUGCGCCGCUGUCCGGGCAGCUCAACCUUGCAGACCAGGAGAAGCUUUAUACUAAGACGAAGAUCCAGGAGGCAUAUGCGAAUUCCGCCGCCUUGGCAGGCAUGGCAGGUGGACCGUUCUUCUUCGCUCCCAUCUCUCAUGUGUUCGGCCGCAGCUCGGUCAUCUUCUGGUGCAUACUAUGCACGCUCAUUUGCCAAAUCUGGGGAGCCGUCAUGACCCACUCAGACGACUACAUCCCAUUUAUCAUGUCACGUCUUUUUGCCGGAUUCUUCGGUGCUGUUCCUACAGUUCUUGGUCCGCGCAUCGUGACUGACUUGUUCUUCCUGCAUCAACGUGGCCGGGCAUUCACGGCGCUGCACAUGUCGUUCCUGUUCGGCACUAUCGCCGGUCCGACGUUCUCUGGCUUUAUCUCCGCCAACGCCUUCUUCCCUGUUGAGUUCUGGUGGACGGUUGGUCUUCUCGGAUUCACUCUUAUCUGCUGCUUCUGCUUCUUAGAAGAAACAGGCUUUGAUAGAGUAAAUUUCGAAAGAAACCCUGAGGUUCCCCAGAACCUAGUUGCGAAUCGCUUCGCGACUUUCCUCUUCGGGCAGAGAGUCGUUCUUCCAUCUACCUGGAGGGAAACCGCCAAAAUCGCUGCCGUGCCCUUCUUAAUUGGCAUCUGUCCCGUAACAAUAAUCAUGGGCAUCUUCACCCUCAUCUCCUUCGGCUUUUACGUCGGUGUCAACGCCCUGACCCCUGUCUGGCUCCAAAAGCCUGCCGCAGAAGGUGGCUACGGCUUCACACUAAAACAAAACGCCGCAUUCACCUUCUGUCACUGGAUCGGUAUUAUCAUUGUCCAGUUCUACGGCCACUGGCUCAAUGACAAACUCCCACUCGCACUGGCCCGGCGCUUCAACAACGGUGUCUGGAAACCAGAAUACCGCCUGCACGUCUUGUGGCUUCCAAGUCUGAUCUUGAACCCGAUCGGAUUGGGCAUUUUCGGUGCUGCGCUCCAGUAUCAUCUGCACUACAUGGUGCUCGCGCUCGGUGUGUUUAUUGUGACCAUUGGCUCACUGGCUAGUGUGCCUGUUACUGUUAACUACGUUGUUGAGUGCUUCACGCACUACCCUGCUGAGGCAGGUAUUGUUAUUGGUGCUUAUCGCAUUGUUUACGGGCUUACUAUUAGCUUUUACAUUAAUCCUUGGGUUGCGGCUGUGGAUGUGGGCUGGGUUUAUGGCAUGAUGGCUUUCUUUGCUGUCUUUUCGUUCUUCUUUGUUAUGCUGCUUAUGUGGAAGGGGCAUGCUAUUCGGGGGAUUCAGUUUGCUAGUCUGGCUUCUAGUGAGGAGGGUGAGAAGUUGAUGGAGGAGUACUAG